AGCCGGAUGCGGGCGGUACCGCGGCCGCCGCGGCCCUAGGGAUGGGCGGAGCCCCGGCCGCUGGUGCUGGUUGCCGCGGCCGCUGCCGGAGCCCGAGCCUGAGCCGCCGCCUCUGCUGCCGCGCGUCGCUGCUUCGCCAGGCGGGGGAAUGCUGGGGAAAGGGGGAGUCGGCGGUGGCGGCGGCACCAAGGCGCCCAAGCCUUCUUUCGUAUCGUACGUGCGUCCUGAGGAAAUUCAUACAAAUGAAAAGGAAGUAACAGAGAAGGAAGUCACUCUUCACUUGUUGCCAGGUGAACAACUGCUUUGUGAAGCCAGCACAGUCCUGAAGUAUGUGCAGGAAGAUUCCUGUCAGCGCGGUGUCUAUGGGAGACUCGUCUGCACUGACUUCAAGAUUUCCUUCCUGGGGGAUUACGACUCAGCCUUGGAUAACGGCGGUGAAACUCAGUUUAAGAAUAAGAUAGUAGGAGAAAAUGAUGUUCCCCUUCACUGUGUGGAUCAGAUUUAUGGAGUGUUUGAUGAGAAAAAGAAGCCUCUGUUUGACCAACUGAAGAAAUACCCAGAGAAGCUUAUUAUCCACUGCAAAGAUCUGCGGGUGCUACACUUUUGUCUGAGGUACACAAAGGAAGAGGAAGUCAAAAGGAUUGUCAGUGGCAUAAUCCAUCAUACUCAGACUCCUAAACUGCUGAAAAGACUGUUUCUGUUUUCCUAUGCAGCUGCUGUGCACAGCACAGCCACUGAUCCCAGCAAUCACACUGUAAUGUUUGACACACCUAAAGACUGGUGUUGGGAGCUGGAGCGGACCAAGGGUAGUGUGAAGUACAAGACAGUGAGUGUGAAUGAAGACUACAGGAUCUGUGAGAGGUUGCCCGCAUACUUUGUUGUCCCUGGUCCCCUACUCGAAGAGGAUGUGCGGCGUUUCCAGGGCCAUGGCAUACCAAUCUGGUGUUGGUCCUGCCACAAUGGAAGCGCCCUUUUGAAAAUGUCAGCACUGCCCAAAGAGCAGGACGAUGGUGCUCUGCAGAUCCAGAAGAACUUCUUGGACGGAAUUUACAAGACCAUUCACAGGCCACCCUAUGAAAUUGUUAAAACCGAAGAUUUAUCAAGCAACUUCCUGUCCCUGCAGGAAAUCCAGAAUGCAUACUGUAAAUUUAAGCAGCUGUUUCUGAUAGAUAACAGUACAGAAUUCUGGGACACAGAUAUAAAGUGGUUUUCUCUCUUAGAAAGCAGCAGCUGGCUUGAUAUAAUCAGACGCUGCCUGAAGAAAGCAAUAGAGAUUACAGAAUGCCUGGAAGCACAGAAUAUGAAUGUUCUGCUCUUGGAAGAGAACGCGUCUGACCUCUGCUGCCUCCUCUCCUCUCUGGUGCAAGUGAUGAUGGACCCCCACUGUCGAACCAGGACUGGGUUCCAGAGCCUCAUCCAAAAGGAAUGGGUUAUGGGUUGCCACUCUUUCUUGGAUCGCUGUAACCAUCUCCACCAGAAUGACAAAGAGGAGGUCCCCGUGUUCCUGCUUUUCUUAGAUUGUGUCUGGCAGCUGGUGCACCAGUACCCCCCAGCAUUUGAGUUCACAGAGACUUUUCUGACUGUUUUGUCAGAUAGCUUAUAUAUACCUAUUUUCAGCACCUUCUUCUUCAAUUCGCCUCAUCAAAAAGAUACUAACAUGGGUAGGAAAAGUGUGAAUCCACAAAGCAAGCCUUUGACUCUGCUCACCGUGUGGGAUUGGUCAGUACAGUUUGAACCCAAAGCACAGACAUUGCUCAGAAACCCUCUCUAUGUGGAAAAGCCAAAAUUGGACAGGGGCCAGCGGAAAGGAUCACGUUUCAAACAUCAACGACAACUUUCUUUGCCACUUACCCAGUCUAAGUCAUCUCCCAAAAGAGGAUUUUUCAGGGAAGAAACAGAUCAUUUAAUCAAAAACCUUCUAGGCAAGAGAAUUAGUAAGCUUAUUAACUCCUCCGAUGAGUUCCAGGACAACUCUCGAGAGUUUUAUGACUACUGGCAUAGUAAGCCCACAGACUACCAUGGGUUGUUACUGCCUCACAUCGAGGGGCCAGAAAUCAAGGUGUGGGCCCAGCGCUACUUACGUUGGAUUCCAGAAGCCCAAAUCCUGGGUGGUGGCAGAAUGGCUGCUAUGAGCAAACUCUUGGAAAUGAUGGAGGAAGUGCAGAGCUUGCAGGAGAAAAUCGACUCGAAGCCCCACAGACAGGAGGCUGUGCACACACAGGCACCGUGCCUGCUCAGGAACUCUGCCCGCUUGUCCUCCUUGUUCCCGUUUGCACUGCUCCAGCGACACUCAUCCAAGCCUGUCUUACCCACCAGUGGGUGGAAAGCUCUGGGGGGUGAAGAUGACCUGGCCAAACGAGAAGACGAGUUUGUGGACCUAGGGGAUGUGUGACCUGUCUCCUCAGGGACUGUGAAAGAGGCACGCCAGAGGGACAGUUGUUCCCUGGACUGGUGUCGUGUUAGCCCACUGCUGUGUAGGAGAAAGCGGAGGCUUUCAGGAAGAGAACUGCUUCUCCUUUUCUUUCCCAGGUCUGAAAGAUGAUGCAAUUAAAGCCGUGCCUCUAGUAUUCAUA